GCGCGGUCGCUUUUAUCGCAGCCCGCCAUCGCGAUUUCCGAGUGCGGUGCAAAUGCUUGUGUUUUUAUGGCGUUCAUAUUACUACGACUGUUGGUGUUGGGAGUGAUUGCGGCAGCGGCCGAGGAUGUACAUAUAACAUGGAGCGCGCCCCCUCGCGCGUCGCUCUCCUGCGAUGCGCACGCGCUUCUGCGCCGGCCGCCGCCGCCACUCGUGGCAGACGAAGCGGGGGGCAGGCCGCGGCAGAAGCUAGCGGUCUUGUGGAGGAGGGGGAACGAUGAGUUAAGCAAUAAAAGAGUGUCAGCCAACGGUACCCUGGAGGUGAGACGGCAGAAUGGAAGCGAGGGGGUGUACCAGUGCGCCAUCAGGCACCAGGGGGGGCUGCUGCUCGGAUACCCAGUGCAUCUACAGUUUGCCAGUAUAGAAAGGAAGAUAUACAUAACCAUAAACAAUGAGACAGGGGUAUCAAGGGACAGACGUCAGCCAUUAGUCCUGACCUGCCACGUCCGCUCACAGCCGCCGGCGGUGAUACACUGGUUGAAGGAAGACCAGCCAAUACAGGAUAGUGAAAGAUUUUCCGUCACAGGAAAUCAUUUGAUUGUAAAUGAUACUUUGAAUAAUGCUUCCUUCAGCUAUGACAGAUCAGACACGUACACAUGUAUAGCAGAAAACACAAUACUACGCAAGAACCGCACGGCCUCCGUAUGGCUGAAUGACUUGGAGGGGUACCCGUGUCCUCAGGCGAUAGUUGGGCAGCAUCAGGAACAGGUGCUGGUGACUCCGAGCUCCAACGUCACCCUGGCCUGCCCCGCUACUUCGUGCCACAACCCUGCUGUCACAUGGCACAAGGAAACCGAUGGAGAGUUAUCCAAAAUAGAAUAUACAUCACAAUUGUACAAAAUCGAGAAUGUUGACGAAGUGAAAUCUGGACAGUACUGGUGUACAGUCAGCUAUGAUAACGGAUCUUCGUCCAAGAAGAUGUUCAACGUGACCUUAACAAAGCCUGUCACCAUAGAGUUACCACCGGUCUCUAAGGAGGUCAUCAGAGCUUUGACCGUCAGGUUCAACUGCACAGCGACCGGGUAUCCAAAGCCUAAUGUGACUUGGUACAAGGAUGGGAAGCUGUUACCGCUUGGAGGGAGGUACAACAUAAGAAAAGCCGACUACCGCGAGGAGUUGGUCGUCGGCGCUGUAACUUCAGACGACGCUGGUAUCUACCAAUGUUUUGCUGAUAACGGCUACACCCAGGCCACCUCCUGGGCAGUCCUGAGGGUCACGGGGGAGAGCCCGGCUAUACCCAGGGCGGUGGGAUGCUGGCCGACUGGUCCUAAUACCGUGUUGUUUAAGUGGGGGUUGCCGGGGAGAUAUGAAGUCAUUGCGUAUACUGUCCAGACUUCUAUUGCAGGUGAUACUCCACCCGGGGACAAGGCCACCCCAAACCCUGAGGGUAAUAAAGGUCAACCACACCCCAACACUGAGGAGGAGAUUACAGUGCCGAAGGCUUUGUACCCUUAUGUGUUUCAGGUACGUGCUUACAUACGGUCAAGAAACGUCGAAGCCAGUGACUUUUCUAAAGGAAUAGUUUGCCAAGGUCAAGGCGUGCCCGUCCAAUUUGACGUUAACAACGACAGCGUGACAGUAUCGUGGCUUAAGUUUGCGAAUCAGACGAAAGGAAUCGUUCAAUGGAUCCUUCAGACAAGACGGAGUGGCAGUGCGGAGCGGAACUACACCUUAGACGGCAGCAUUACAAGCUACACUUUACCUGGUCCAUCAUCAGGUCUUCAAGUGCGAGUGAUGGGCUCCCGGUCAGAACGCUGGCUGCCUCAGAACUGGACGAUGGUGCCGUGGAGCGACGUCGUGGUUACCGGGAAAGAAGUUGGCAUCCCGGAAGAGUUGAAGGUGACUAAAGUGGGAGCUCACGAGUUCACUCUGACAUGGCGAUGUGACGCUCCAGCCUGCGUCCAGGGAUACUCCGUGUGUUACGCCCGAAGCGAUGAGAAGGAGAAAUGUUUGUCCACUAACACGGAAACUAUCACGAUAACCAACUUGGUGCCAGAAAUGGAGUACGAAGUGAGGGUCCGCGUUAAUGCCCUGGGUAGUCAGGCUGAGAGACAGUUCUCUCAGCCGGUAUUGGUCACCACGCAACCGCUUGAAGCAAAAGAGCCGUACACAUUCGUCCAAUACAAGUACACUCCGAACGCGGUGAAGGUGUUCUGGAACGGAACCGGAGCCCACCUGGUGCGGUACUCGCAGAACAUCACGCAGCCGGUGGAGCAGUGGCCCAGCGAGAUCGUGGCCGAUCACUUUAUCGAGUUGACAAAUCUACAGCCAUCACUGACGACUUACGUGAUGGUGAUGACGCCGGGUUACGGAGAAAAGAACCAGCCCGUCCUCACCAUACCCCCGAGAGGGGUGGCUAAAGAGACUUCAUAUUAUUUAAGUGUCGGCCUUCCUGUGGGUUUAGGUAUUCUGUGUCUCCUGGUCUUGGCAGCUGUUUGCAUUUGGAGACGUAAGAAGUUGGCCAGAUCCCCAAACAGACCUCGCCGACGCAACGUGUCUCCGAAUGACGGAGACGAGGAGGAAGCAUCAGAAAUGAAGAGCGUGGGCGGCGGCCUGGUGAACGGUGGGGGCUCCAAGGACGCCGGGGAACCACUGCUCAACGGUCACGUCCACAUCACUGAGAAUCCGCAAUCCAAAACACCUAACGGCAAGAUGAGGAAAGGCCGCCUUUACCUCGACGCCUUCGACUUAUCCCGCAACGAUGACCAAGACACCACCAUGGAGACAGUCAUCGACGCUGACAAUUCCACUUGCACCACCUACAACCUUCUAGACACCUCGCGAAGACCCGAAUACGACCUGUCCAGAUCCUCGCAUGACCUAAGUACCAAUAACUCCUUCAACAAACUACCAGAUGAUAACAUGAAUUCUGAACUUACCCGAAGUGCGGAUUUUCAUUUGGACAACAGCAAAAUUCAACCCACGCUACAACCCAACGGUUGAGAUUUUAUAUCGACAUUUUUUUUAAGUACUACAUUUAGGGGUAGGCGGCCUCUUAUUCGGCGUCAGGAGCGUCAAUUCGGGUGUCGAUAGUUUAAGUGCAGUGCUACAAAUAUAUGAUCCAACAGAGGUUACGUUAAGUGCAAAAAUACAUACAUUUGUAUCACUGUAUUUGAGAAUGAGAUUUUGUACAGUUUACAUAGUUUGUUGUUAGCGGAGAUAUAGGUACGACUAAAUAAGCUGAACACUUAAAGUUGUUAGACAAUGAGGCUUCAAUACCGAGCGAGGAUAGCUGCGCGUUUUGUUCCUAAUAUAGACUUUAUUUUAAACGAAAGGCUGAUUUUCGUAUAACUACGGGUAGGUACAUAAUUUAAGUGAAAUCAGGUCGAAAAUACCAACGAACUGUGAAGUUAUUCUCGCCCGGGCCACUUGCGAUACACGGACCCAGAAUCCCGUACAGAUUGUUGUAAUGUAAUGUAAAUAGUCAUUUUAUAUCGUUCGUUUUGAACAUAGCACGUGUAAAUAGCGUUAUUCUUUGAAACGGCCUGAGAAAUAAGCGGCAAGACAAUAACGUAGAAAAGGCGCGAGAAAUAUAACCUCAAAAAUAAUGAUAGGGUUACCAGUUGUCUAUUUUUAAAGUCUGAUAAUUUAUCGCUGCACUUUUAAUUACAAAGUAAUAUAAUAUAAGUACAUAUAUAGUUGUCAUGAUAAGAGUCAAAAAUAACAUCAUUUUCUUAAAAUCAACACCAAUAGCUUAGAAUACUUAUAGGUAGUUUAUUAAUAUAUGCCUUAAAUUAGGCAUAUAUUAAUAAACUCUUUGAAUUAAUUAUCAAUUUUAUUUAUUUCUUUAAUUUCACAUAAAACACAGUUUUAUCUGGUAACCCUGUCUGUGCGUGUGUGUAUGUGUGUUAACAUUGAAUCAGUGCCUCCGAAAAGUACACAUUCAGAAAUAUAAAUACAAAAAAAAAACAAAACAAAACAAUUACACCAUUAGUGCAACAUAAUCGUACAAAAUAUAGACCAAAAUGAAAUCCAAUCACCCAUUCACUUGCGUGAAAUGUAUUUAUUGAUGUUGUAAAUUAUUUAAUUGUCAUUUUUUUUAAUAGACAGUUCUUAGACAAAGCCUCAGAAGCUAUCUGUUACCUUCACAAUUACAUUCCAGACUUGUAUAUAUAUCUUUAUAUCCAAUCACACUUAAUUGUAUGUACCUUAUCUUUUAAUUAUGACGCACAGUUUUUAAAAAUAUAUAUUCCUGUUAUAGUUAAGCAGCUACUUUUAACAUUUUAAACAUAACACAAAGUUGAUUUUUUCUAGAUACUUAAAAACCUAAGAGAAAAGUAGAUAGUUUAAAAAGUAAUUUGUAAAAAUGAUGAAAAAUAUAUAAAAAUAAUUUAUAACAACGAACUACUGAUAUUAUACAACAAGAAAUGUUUAUAAUGCAAGUUAACGUUAAAGAAUAAAUUUACUAUAGUUAUCUGUGGACACCCUGUUUUAUGUUGAGAGUUUGGUUUACAGCCUUCGUGUAAUUAAAACAAUUAUUUACGUAGAAGCUGCGCCCUUAUUAAGAAGAAAUUUCUGGCUAGUUUAUAGGUCAAAUCUUCAAAUUAUUUUAAUAACACAUAAAAAUUUUUUUGUUUAUAAUUUAUCUUACCAUCAUUAUUUUAAAUUAUACCUAAUUAUAUAUACUUAUUUCAUGAAUACAUGGGCGCCAAUUCUGCGAUAUUAGUCUCCUAAUUGCUCGUAGUUCAUAACAUUAUUCCAUAUCACAAUUUAUAUCUACCUCAUUUUCUUCGUUGUAAGUUUCUUUUAGAUGUUAAAAAUUUUAAUGUUGAGACAAUUAAGUUUCUGUAAUUUUGCCCAUCGACCUGUGGUUAGAUAGACCCGCUAAUGACGGCACUUACUGGCUAGUUAGUAACAUUUUUUAUUUAUUUAUUCUUAGGACACAUAAGCAUUAUUGAUAUUCCCUGUUUUUUUUUUUAAUGAUAAACGUCAAAACCACUGACAUUGAAACUACCUCUCGGACAUUUGAGACCGAUAUUUUUUAUAACUUUUUUUUUGCUGCAUUUAAUAGAUUAGAUAUAUUAUUAUUGUUCACAUAUUUUUUUUUAUUUGUCUUAUUUUUUGUGUUGUUUUGCUUAACGUGUAGACAUGUUUAGAAUCGGGUAAAUCUGAAUUCUGGCUGGAUCUGAUAAAGUAAAUAUUAUUACAAGGCAUAUAGUAUAUGUAUUCAUUUAAUUAUUUAUUUGAGUUACAAUUGAGUAAUUGCACCUAGGUACAAUUAAUGUAAUUAAGUUCCCAAACAGAGAUUUGUUUUAAAAAGUCAAUAUUUAAAACUUUUAAUUUUGUUUAUUUGUACGAACUAAAACUGUAUUGAUAUUUAAAUUUUAUUACAUAUUCUGUUCUUAUUAAAUAAGUACAAUCAUUAAAACAACGCAAAUAUCUGUCUUAUUAAUUAUGAAUUUUAAUAAAAUUAAAAAUAUUUGUUUCAUUUAACGCUAUCGACUUGACUUUUUAAAACGAUUCAUGUACCUGUAAAUAUUAUAUACAUAAAAUAUUAACUCAGUUAAAUUUAAAAUUAAAUAAAUUCACGCCGACUAAGUACCUGAAACUUCAAUUACACUAAGUUAAUUAGACUUAGGCGUAGAUUUAGGUAUUUGAAAAAUCUAGAAUUUUAUCUUUGACGCUAGGUUUUGACAGGGUCUACGCAGAACAAAUGGCUCGAAGUGAAAAGCUGGCGGAUCAGAAACCUUUCAUAGAAUUGCUUCUUACAGUAUUGCUUUGCGGGCAAGAAUUUCGCUGUUGUCUUUUUUUUUACAGUAAACGACAGAUUUUAGCCAAGGUAGAAUUGUAUUAUUAAAUAUAUAUAUGUCUUUACAAUAUAAAUACCUUACCUUUUAUAUUCGAUUCCUCAGUUUUUAUUUCUAAUAUUUUAGUAACAAAAUCUAACCGAUAUUUAAAUGAUUUUUAUUCAGGCGUUUGGAAUUGGAAAUAUAAAUAUUUUAGUAUCACAGUGAAAAAUAUUUGAGAUGUUGAUUACAAUAGUAAAAUACAAAUGUAAUAAUGUUCAAAAUACCAUAGAUAUAAAUGAAUGUUAGUUGGAAAUUAAAUAUAAGUUGUUUUAAUUAAAUAAAAACCUUUAAAUACAAUUUCACAGUUCACUCGUGGUUGUGUUGAUAUUUAUUUUAUCAAUUUUAUUAUUGUAUCAGAUGAAUUUUUAACGAAAAUAUUGUUGUUUUUUUUUUUCUCAUUUGUACCUUGUGAAUUCUGACUAGAAAUAUAUGUAUAAAGUCGCAAAUAAUGCUCCAAUAAUUGCAAUUAACUAGUGGCUAGAACUUUUACUAAAUAACAGUGUGGGGGGUGAUAUAUUUGUUCCUUAUUAUUAAGAUUUUAAUUAUAAAGUAGCUGAUUUUAAUUUAUAUAUUUCUAGCCAGAUCUUGAUAAACCAAAAUGUUGAACGUCAUCGCAAUAACUGAUACCUGAAGAAAUGUACAAUGUUUACCUAACUUAUUUAUAACGUAGGUACCUUUAUAUUUAUUCAGUAGCGUACUGUACAUACAUCCAUACAUGUAUUUUUAAAUGAUUAAUUAGCGUUUUCAUGAUUUUAUUAUCGCAGUUACAAAUAGUUAAACAAUGUAGUUUUUUGUAGUGGUAAAUAAGUAUUACUAUCCUAUCACUUUAAUUUAAUUUAGAAGUCCAUAGCCUUUUCAAACAUUGCGAUGAAUUAUUAUUUUAUAUUUAUAUACAACCUGUAGAAGAGGCAUAAUGAUCCGUUUAAGAAUAAAAUGAAUUAUUUUUUUUUCAAUAUCUAUGAAUUACAAUAUAAGUGGACUUUUUAUUUAUUUAUGUGCAAGAACUCAGUAUAGUCAGUAAAUCAGUUUUUUUUUAAACAAGUAUUACUCUAAUGCGGAAAUAGCAACGAUUUAAAUUUUACAUCGGAUUUUUAAGACUAUUUUACAAUUGGCAUGUCCGUCCUAGGAGUGAAAAUAAUUAAUAAAAUAAAAAGCCUGAUAUUGUGCCUCUCAUAAUUUUGUAUUUAAUUUCGCAGUGUUAUACAAAUUUUUUAAAUCGAAUUAAAGGUGAAAAAAAUAAAAUUUAGUUCGACAGCGUGAAACUGGUUGUAUUAAAUUAAUAUAAAAUAAAAUUGAAAUAAAGUACCUACCUACUCUUUUGAUUUAAAUAUUAUAAUAAUCAUUCAAUAAAAGGUAAAUCUGAACUUUGAAAAGUUACUUAAAAUCAAAUUCAAGAACUUCCUUUUUCAUCGCCGCAGUCGAGUAACAAUUUGUGAAUUCUUACAUUUGUUACUAAAAUUCAGUGCAUUUACCUUUAAGUAAUACAGUUAUUUUAUACACUUUGUAAUAUGAAUAAUAUUGUUCGUUUUGUAAUAUAUAUAAUUUUGUACGUUUUGUAAUAUGAAUAAUUUCUUACAUUUUUUAAUAUGAAUAAUUUUGUUGGUUCUACAUAUGUACAUUCAUAGGUC